CAUCACAUAGUACGUAUUUCCUAGCAAGCACCAAUUAAUCACAACCAGCGGAGAGGGGGACAUAAUUAAUAGUUAAUAUACAGCAUCUAUCUGCCAUGGGAGCGAGAGCAUCGAAACCCGCCCAAUCGGCGACACGCAAAUUCCCCGCCAGAGCGCCCGGCAGCGCCGCUCCUCCACACGCUCGCCCGCAACCGCAGUCGCAGUCGCAGUUGCAGUCACAGCCCGCAGCAGCGCAACGGCGGGCGCCGGAAGGGCGAGCGUCGUUUUCGAAAGACGACGCAAUCAAAGCCGACAGCGCCGACCCGGACCUAGACCCGAACCCGUUCACGAACGCAGCCUUCUCGCAGCGGCUGAAGCAGAUGGGCGUCGCGACGCCGAACCCGACGCUAUCCAACUCGUCGACGGCGUCCGCGUCCCUGCACCCCGGCGCUCCCGACCAAGGCCCCCACAGCCACGCGUUCCCUUCCCCCGCGCAGAACCAGACGCUCAGCGCGCUCGAGGCCCGGCGCAGGCUGCAGGAGGGCGCGACGGGCGAGUUCGAGAGCGGCCUGGCCGGUCGCCCGGGAGCAGCAGGAGGAGGAGGGGGGAGGGAGUUCCUGGACGUGGGGACUCUGAAGCAAGCGCUGGUGCUGCAGGCGAGGGGCACACCGGCCGCGGAUAUCGAGAAGAGGUUGCGGAUCAAGAGCGGUGCGAUGGAGAGGUUGGGGCCCAAGGGGGUUACGCUGCCGCUGACUUAGGUGCAAUAACAACAACUACGGGAACAAACAACA